AUGUUGCGAAGUUUUGCCACCGUGGUGAGCUGUCUGCUGACCCUGCUGACUGUGGCAUCAGAGGAUCCUGUCAGUCAAUCUGGCAAUCUGCGGGGCAGCCAGCAGGUGGCGGCCCAGGUAGAUGGCCAGGUGGAGGAGGGUGUAGGCAGUGAGCUGGACACACGUGACUUUACUCAGUGUGGCAUCCUCGGAGGCCCCAUAAGGAAGGGCCGCAGAACCAGGAUCGUACAUGGCAAAGAUGCAGAUCAGUGUGCGUGGAGAUGGCAGGUAAGCCUGCGAAGUGCUCGGGCAGAUAAUGGCCCUGCAGCCGCUUUUUGUGGGGGGACGUUGAUCGCUCCUGGCUGGGUCUUGACGGCCGCCCAUUGCGUCGAGAACAUGAAUGUGUGCAAGAUGCGGAAGCUCAGAAUAGUUGCAGGAGACUGGAAGCAGUACUCAGAUGAUGAGGCUAUUAGCGGACAGUCAGUCGAGCGUCGCAUCAAACAAGUUUUCAGCCAUCCGCAAUACGACAAAGCAGCUGACUCGGACUUUGACCUGGCUUUGGUAGAGCUGGACAAGCCAAUGCCAAUCAAUGAGUGCAUCGGCGUCGCUUGCUUGCCAACCAUGGACGAAGACACAGAUUUGGCUGGAGCAGAGUGUAGCAUCACUGGCUGGGGCACUCUGAUGUCGUCAGGACCAAUGCCGGAAGUUCUCCAAGAAGCACCGGUUACGCUGCUGAGCAACAAGGAGUGCGAGGAGGACUACGCUAGCCACAACGAGAGCGUGACUGCUUCCAUGCUCUGCGCUACUGGAAACUCCGAUAAGGGCAUCACGGACACAUGCCAGGGCGACAGUGGCGGACCUCUGGUGUGCGAAGUGGCUGGGCACUACAUUGUGCGAGGCGUUACUUCUUGGGGCGAUGGGUGUGCCCUGGAGGGCUAUCCAGGCGUGUACUCGCGAGUUUCCUCAGCCUUGGGCUGGAUCCAUGAUGUGAUCAAUGGCAAAGUGACACCCUCCGACACCAGCGACGAAACAUCCAGAGAUAUUGACUUUGGAAAUGCCAUGUGGGCGGUGCUCAAAGGCGCCUGCUCGAUGGAUGAUUCAAACUGUAUUGUCAGUCCUGGGUACCCGGGAAACUACAGCAACAAAGAAGACUGCACCAUUGCGGUGAACACCUCGGCAGCCGUGCCAAUCUCAGUGGAAAGUUUCACCACCGAGGCAGGCUAUGACAAUCUUCUCGUCAAUUGCAAGGCCUACUCGGGAUUAGUGGGUCCGGAAGGGGUGGUCCCGGACACCACCAUUUACUGGUAUGCGGAUGGCUCGGUUGUGGCCAGCGGCUGGAAAAUUUGCCCAAGCAGUGAUCAGGCAAAUGAUCAGGCGAAGCCAUGA